AUGAGCUUCAGUGGCUAUAGUGGCACGCAGCCCUGGGAGGCUGAGGUGGCAGAGAUUCUCUCGCUGACCCGAGAUUACCCAAGCCAAUCUUACUCCCUGUCAGAAGGCAGGCAACCGUUGUACGAAGGGCAGGCCCAACCCUUGGCAGCCGUGCAGCCUCUCAGCCACCCAUCAGGGAGUGGAGAGCCAGAGUUCCAUCAGCCUGCCAAAGCGAAAGUUCUUCAGGGUUUUGAUGCUGAUCGAGAUGCCAAAAAGCUGAACAAAGCCUGCAAAGGAAUGGGAACUGAUGAAGCCACCAUCAUUCAAAUCCUAUCAAGCAGGACAUCGAAUGAGAGGCAACAAAUAAAACAAAAGUACAAGACAACGUAUGGCAAGGACCUGGAGGAGGUGCUCAAGAAGGAGCUGAGUGGAUACUUCGAGAAGACAGCCUUGGCCCUUCUGGAACACCCCAGCGAGUAUGCCGCCCGGCAGCUGCAGAAGGCCAUGAAGGGCCUGGGCACGAAUGAGGCGGUGCUCAUCGAGGUCCUGUGCACGAAAACCAAUAAGGAAAUCAUCGCCAUUAAAGAGGCCUACCAAAGAUUAUUUGACAGGAGCCUUGAAUCAGAUGUCAAAGGUGACACAAGUGGAAGCCUAAAAAAAAUCCUGGUCUCCCUGCUACAGGCUAAUCGCGAUGAAGGAGAUAAUGUAGACAAAGAUCUAGCUGGUCAGGAUGCCAAAGAUCUGUACGAUGCAGGGGAAGGCCGCUGGGGCACGGACGAGCUUACCUUCAAUGAAGUCCUGGCCAAGAGGAAUCACAAACAGUUACGAGCCACCUUUCAAGCCUACCAAGUUCUCAUUGGCAAAGACAUCGAAGAGGCCAUUGAAGCAGAAACGUCAGGAGAUCUGCAGAAGGCCUACUUAACUCUCGUGAGGAGUGCCCGGGACCUCGAGGGCUACUUUGCCGACUGUCUGUACAAGGCCAUGAAGGGUGCGGGGACGGACGAGGAGACCCUCAUUGACAUCAUUGUGACCCAGGCGGAGGUGGACCUUCAGGGGAUAAAAGCCAAGUUCCAAGAGAAGUAUCAGAAGUCUCUCUCUGACAUGGUUCGCUCAGACACCUCUGGGGACUUCCAGAAACUGCUGGUGGCCCUCCUGCACUGAACUGAGUCAGCACAGCAGGAGCACAGGAAGGAAUCACCUUUGUCAAGAGCCCCCCCCCAAACCAGAUUUGCAAAUGCCACUCCAGCACGAAACACCCUCGAGGGUCCUGGUUUAUUUCCUUGGCAGCCUGAGCCAUGCGGCCGGGGCAAACUGUUUAAGUUAAGGGCAGCAGCCUCAAGACGCUUGACUAGGUCACCCUGAAUGCUGGUUUAGCGAGUAUCUGGGCUGCCUCUUAAUUUUCCUUGAGGGCAGUCACUGAAUGCUUUCUGAGCACAGAUGAAAUCUGCAGUUGAUGAAAAACUAUGCCUUCCUAAUAAAACAUUUAAAAGAAUACGUAUCACACAGGGAUAUGUAUGUUCUGGGUAAAGAGCAAAUGGUUGAAGUACAAGAAAGACCAAAGUGCUCAAUUUCCAAUCCUCCAUGUUAAUGGAAGAUGUGGAUUACGCCUACAUCAGCUGCUUUUCCAAAAACUGGGUUGAUUUGCUUUGGUGUUUGUCCUGCAAAUAAAUGACUUGUGAAAUUUCAA